AUGCCGAACCGACCGACUCAGACGAACGGAGUUUCACUUCUUCAUUGUCUAUUCUCCUCGUCUUUUGAACUUUUCUUUUCAUAUGUCAUCUACAUUUCCUCUACAACUUCUUGUUUUCUCGUCCUCCUCUCUUUCUCUCUCUUAUCAUGUCUCUUUUCUAUUUCUUUAAUUCCCACUUCUUUUUUAUUGUCUGUCAACACUCUCUUUAUUUUCUUUGUCUAUCUGCUUAUCUAUCGCUCUCUCCCACACAAACGCGCAUACACUCUGAUAACUGCUAUCCCUUCAUCUCUUCCUCCUUCCCUUUCCUUUUUUUACUCUCUCUCUCUCUCUAUCUCUCUCUCCCUCUCUCUCUCUCUCUCUCUCUCUCUCUCCCUCUUUUCAGCGACGAGGAACGAGGUUGAGGCAUUUCCUCCGUCUCCAUUAAUAAGUCCAGUUUUGGUAAGUCUACCUCCACCUGCUCCGGUUGCUGAUUUUGCUGGACCACCUGCUCUUUGCUUUCCGGCUGCUGCUGCUGCUUUUGUUGUUGCUCCCUUAGGGGUUGUAAUUUUCGCAGCUGCUCGUUGUUCCUGCUGCUUAGGGUCCUUCUGCUGCAGCUUCUGA